AUGAGUGCUGUCCCAAGAAUGAUUAUCCAUGUUUUUGAUGGAUUUUGCUUAACAGUUAUUUUAAUUGCUCAAGAAACUAUUAUAAAUUAUUAUAUUAUUAUGAGAUAUAAAGAAUCCGUGUUUCCAUAUUUCUUUUUUGCUCUCGACUUUUUGUGCGUUUGUAGCUUUGUCGGAACUUUAUUUGUCGCUUUUAAUAAAUUUAAAAACAUCCUUCGACAAGAUAAUGUUGAUGGUUUCAAUUUGCAUUCAGCAAGAGGCACUAUAAUGCCUCUUCAGCUAGGAGACAGCCCCCUUAUUUACUUGUCAUGGUUAUUUUAUGCUUUAAUUUUUGUUGUAAAAAUUAUAUUGAUUUUCAAUGAUGACUCAUUUAUUCAUGGUUUAAGUGUCACAGAUCAUUUUGGGCCCCAGCUUUUAAAGGUAGCUUUAUGCUCUAGUAGUUUUUUGUUUCUUCUACUUGUGGAAGGUCAUAACUGGAGGAAACGAGGAACACCUCGAUAUUCUUAUAUUACUUCAGUAUGUGCUAAGACAGGAAUUGAAAUUUUUGACUCUGUAUCAAUGCUUGCGAUUCUGAUGGAAAGUACAUCCGACUUGUCUCCAACAGUCAAGGAUUUAAUCCUCGCUCUAUCUGCAUUAAAUUUUGUGCUACCAACAAUCAAGUUAUAUCAACUAAGUUACAACGAUUUCUCUAAAAAUAAUUAUUCAUUUCCCAUAACUGUCAUCUACAUGUUCCUGCACAUGCUGCUCAUAGAUGUCCCUUAUCUUGCUGUACGUCUUUAUUUAUGGCUUGUUUACCAUGAAAAUGCUUCCAUGUUUCUUAUGAAAAAUGCUUUAAGCAUUGUUUUGGGCCUGCGUGGAAUGUUUCCAGAUCUGAUAGAGUUUAGGAAUAGCUAUAUAUCUUCACAUAAAAAGACAAAAAAGGUGAUGUCAGAAUCUGAAGCAAAAUUCGAAGAGAUCUCUCUUAGGGACCAGGUUAUUAAACCUGAAAGUGUCUAA